AAGAAGCAGCUAUGGUUAGCCGGCUGAGGAAACAUCGUGGGGGGAGAAGCACUGGCGAGUCUCGAGAAAAGAGCGGAAGAGAGGCCCGCUGAAAAGCCUUCUGACUGCCGGUGCACCCUUUUGCUCAAACGAGCAUUCUGCGGCCUACACAAGGUGAGGUGGUAUUUGUCGCUCUCUACGGAAUACCGUGUGGUCUCUGCUUUGUUCUGGACCCUUACGUGACUUCCUUGACGGACCGUCUGCCCGUCCUUUCCACUUAACUUUUUUUUGCGCGGUUUUGCAUUCUGUCGAUGCAUGGAUACGACCGGUCACCGGGGUUACGUUACUCUGUUUUGUUGACUCCGUCACCACAGGUCUUCGUUUCUCCGCUUCUAUGCUUCACCGUAUUUAUGUCAGGUGUACAAUGUGAUUUCACGUGACCGUACAGUGUCCCUGGGCGGCCGUAGAGGUGGAGUAUUUCCUGUUUCUGUGCUACUCUUGCCUCCUGUGGUGGCUGCCUGUGCAUGCAUUGUUCACGGACCCCCUUGUCGUUGGCUUAGUUCAGAAAUAAAGUCUUUCCGUUUACGGCAACAGUUAUUGCUUGUGGUAAAUCGUCGACACAGGUAGUUUCACCCACCCUUGGACGCGGGCGUCACCGCCCGGAUCGGUCGUCUCUGAUCUGUGACCCGACUGCGAGACUUGUGCCGCGGUCGGAAUUCUUCAGUCCCGUUACCUUAUGUCUUGCACUGCGCAGAACACCCCUGACAGUUCACGUUCCGGCCGAUUUCGCAGCUCACGACGAAAGCUCACCUGUCCCUUUGCUGAUUCCUGUGUUUUCGAAUCCGCUCACUCGCAGAACAGGCCUUCCGCGGAACUGGCAAUUUUCCACCGAUGCUAUUUUUCUUGCUAGAUCCUCUCGGCAUUUUCUCUAUCUUCAAUUUUGAUAUCUACUCAAUCUCACCAGCUCACCUGCAGAUUCUCCGUUCUCCAGCGCAAUGUGCCCCCGAGUGUCUGUAGACGCAGUAACGGUUCUCGGGACCGCUUUACUGCUGUGUUUGGAGGGGACACGCUUGUCUUCCAUCGUUCCUCCUUCUAGCGUUCCGUUCGCCUUGCCUGCACAAUGUCUGAACGCAAAUCAAAGGCUGCAGCAGGGAGUGAUGGCUAGAGCUUGGAGCGCGACUCAAAGUGAUGAUGAUGAGAGUCCGGCUCCCAUCUUCCCUGAGAGCGACUGCACUUAUCCAGCAGACAACAAUUUCGAAAAGAUCAUCACAACGGCUCACCUCACAACCUUUCUAGAAAACGCCUCACAGGGCUUUUCGUACAAAGGCAUGACGCACUCGAGCGAGGCCGCGGCGCAGAUCCACAAAGACCUUUCGUGCGCAAUUCAGGCGGACAGCAGAUUCGCGAGUUUCUGCAACUCCAGUGACAAAUACUCUUACGAAGAGAACGCGUUUGUCAACGUCUCCGAGUGCGCGGCGUUCUUGGCCCACGUCUUUGUGCACACGAACUCUUUUACGCAAUUUGAGGAAACGUCAAACAACAGGGAGUGCCGAGAGUCGGAAAAAUACCCUUGCGGGCCGUCUACUGCAUCUUAUCACGGCCGAGGACCUCUCAUGAUCCGUGGCAAUGAUGACUACGGACGGCUCGGUGAAUAUUUGUUCGACGACGCCGAAAAACUCCUUUUGCACCCACGCCUCAUUGAGCCCCAAGGUAUCAGCGGCUGGGUUGCCGCUUUGUGGAAGUGGAUGGAACAACGCCCCUACGGGCUGAACUGUCCGGAAACGUUCGUGGGAUCGGGCAAGGCGUCGUGCCACGAUGCCAUUCUGAAUCAAGACGUGUCUCCAGAGGUAACUAUGGAGGCUCUGACGGAUAACGAUAGGGAGAAGUUGACGAAGGGCGUGAGCGGCUUCGGUCUCACAAUCAACAUCCUGGCAGGAGAGGCCGUCGCAUGCUGUCCGUCUGCUCUCAAAGAUGCACUCGCAGCCGUUCCCAAGCCGGUUCUUCUUCCUUCUGCUGCAGUGCCGGGAGUGAUAGGAGUGGCAGAGUCCGAAGCAGCUACUCGCGCCAGAGCUGAUCUUUUGUUGAAGCUCGCCGAGCGAGGCGGGUUGGGUGCAGGCGCACUGACACCAGAGGAGUUGAAGAAGAUCCUUGCUCCCAACGGAGCGCGACAAGGCGGUGCCGCUCAGACGCUCGAGCCGUCAGAGGAGUUGGAGUCGCCGGAUUCGGGUGAUGCGGAUGAGGAAAGCAGACCAGGGGAACAAAAACCUAAUCCUCACGCGGCGCUUGGGGCUGAGCAACGUCAGCAGCAACUGUUUGACCAAAUUAUGAGUGCCCCUCCGCCGCCUGCCGACGGAAUUCCCGUGCAACCAAGGGGCGACGGUUUCCUGCAGACGCAAGCACUCGCGCUUCCUUCAACUCUUACUCGCUUUGUCGUGCCUUCCAAGGGCAUUUUUCCCAGCGGUAGUUCCGCAUCGCAGAACCCGCUGUCUUCGGCGGCUGCCACGUCGGCCUUUCUCUCCUUCCUUGCCCACCUUCUGUAUCCGCAUCCGACACCAAGUGGCACAGAGAACACGGUUCCUCUGCCUAGCGGCACUGUCCCCCCAACGCCUUUUCCUUUACCAGGAGACGCGAAUCGACUCUGCACUACCCGAGGUGUCUUGUCGGCCAGAGCUGCAGAGUCUAAUGCAGCAAAUACUGACGCUGCGGGUGCGGCUACAGCAGCUGACACGUUUUGCCUGUCGGUUGUUCGUGGGUGUCCCGUAAUGUUCCCACCGAGUGCCGUAGAAAUAAAUGCAGACCAAGGUGAUGAAGACACGGUGAAUUUAGUCAAGGCCGCUGCUUCGGGAAAUGCAGCUGCAGUGAUAGGUCCAGACGGCGAAAAGUGCAACUUUGUCUGUGUAGAUGCAUCCAACAAUUCUGCCCAGAGUGCGACCAACGGAGCUGUGAGCACUGACGCGCAUGCGGCGGAAGACGAUGCGUUGGCUGCAAAGAGUCACGCAGAGGCUGUUGCAAAUUUGAAGACGGAGGAAUUUGAAUUGAAAAGCUUCGAGUAUCUUCCCAAAUCGGGUGUUGUAUGUGGUUACACCUGUGUUUCCCAUCACGACGAGACCGAGGGGGGAACCGUUUUCGAAGGCGCGUGAAUUGGCAGGUGUCUCUAUUCGUGAAAGAGAUGCAGCUCUAUCCUCUAACGACGUGACGGGAAAACGAGAAUACGAAGUCUCCGACAAAUCGACUUUAAGGUACUGAGAGAUAACAGCAACCGCGGACUGCAUAGUUGCGGGGACGAAAAGUGGCGCAUUGGAGGAAUAUGGCCAGCUUGGGAUGCGAGUGUGCGGCGGAUGAAAUCGACCGCUGGGCCAUAUCGCAGCUUCUUUUUCGAUGGGGUGGCCUAGCAGCAAGAGUAGGGAGGAAACCGGGAAAGAAGGCAAUCGUCAUCAAGCAGGGAACACGGUUUUGCGACAAGACGUGCAACCAAUAGCAAAAAGUUGAGGCCGAGUGCUAUGCAGAAAUUCCAUGCUCAUGUUUCAUGCGCAGUUGUGCACCUCACAUAGAUGGGUUGUCAGAAAAUGGUCAUCAUAGAAGCGUAAAUCUAUCGAUGAGCUGUCGGCUGUAUGAACCUCCUCCGAAACGCCACUGAAGCGAAAAAUAAGAGUUUGUGUCUUUUGCAGGGUGUGAGUUUGAUAUUGCACAUGAACUGCAGUCAGAUUUUUACGGAACCCAAUUCCACUGAUCAGGUGGUGACCUUGACUCCACCUUUUGUUUGUCGACAGCUGCCCUUGAACAGAUAGGGGGGGUGCUUCGUUGCGUAAUGUACGGCGUGCGAGGGACUUACCUUCGCUAAUAGGGUACUUGUGUUAACGGCGCUCUCAACGUAUGCUGCACAAAAUGUAGCUCAUGUGCUCGUAAUCCAAUUGUUUGUCUUAACUACUCGGAGAAGAUAGUGUUGAAAGUCCAUCGGAUUCACGCAGGCGUAACUCUCCGUUUGACACUCCUGGUGUUUUUGUGGAGAAUGACCCUCUGAAAGUGAUCGUCUUGGCGUAUGUGGUAUCAUUCGUGCUUUUGGGUGCAGUGUCGAUUCUCAGCAUGAAGGAAGUACCCCGGUGCUCUUGGAAACCUUCAGUGAUGCCUCGGUUUCCGUGGCUCCUUGAGUGCUGGCCCGUUCAAAAGACGCGUGACAACACGUUUCAAAGAGAAACACGUGGGUAUACAUCUGGAGAUUUAAGAGGCAGCAGAGAUGUCGUUCUAAUGUGUCGACAUCCACGAUAAACUGCCAUGCCUCUUCCAAAUGAAACUAAAAGCUGUUCCUAGCCUCCAUGUGUGUCGUUAGCUUCUGUUGUAGGAACUGUUGUGGCACACCAUGGCCGAAAUUCACACAACACCAUAUUCC